AUGGAUAAUAAAAGCGAAUUCAUCGGUAAAGUAGUAGUGAUUACCGGCGGUAGCACUGGUAGUAUCGGUGCCGGUAUUGCAACCGAGUUUGCCAAACGUGGAGCACAAGUAGUUAUCAGUGGACCGGUAGCCGAUCGGAUCAAAUCGGUGGCCAAUCGAUGUACUGAUGUAUCGCCCAAUGGAUUGUUGGCCGCGGAAAUUGUGGCCGACAUUAGCCGUGAAGAUGAUUGCAAAUCACUUAUCGAUACUACUGUCGAUUUGUUCAAUAAAAUUGAUAUUUUAGUCAAUAUUUUUUGCGAACCACUGGCCAGUCAUGUAAUGGAUACGGAUUUUAUGGAUCAACUAAACAAUAUGUUGGACAUACAGCUCAAGGCACCCAUUUGGCUGACACAGCUAUCGGCAAAUUAUUUGGACAAAUCUAAAGGAAAUAUAGUAUUUGUUAAUACAUUAUCAUCGCUACACUGUGACCAGGAUCAUGUAGCCCAUAGUACAGUUCAAUAUGCAUUGAAUGUCUAUAGCAAAUGUGCGGCCCGUUCAUUGAUGGCACAGGGAGUUCGUAUCAAUACUGUUGUUACUAACCUAUCAAACGAUAGCACUGGUAGUAGUAGUAGUAGUAGUGGUGAUACUGAUGUGGUGGGCACACCCGAGGACGUGGCUCUGGCCGUACUAUAUUUGUCGUCACCGGCGGCCAAAUUUAUUAACGGCACAACACAUGUUGUGGACGGCGGUCACAAUAUUAUCGACUAUUAUCUUGAAAAUUAA